AUGUUACAAGUUGUUGAAUUAUUAUUAAAUGCUGGUGCUGAAACACAUGUUACUCCAUGUGAUAGUCAAGCUGAUGAAUUAAAUAUAACUGAUAUAAUUGAAGCUGGUGCUGAUUUUAAUUAUGCAGCAAGUGGUCUAGAGGUUGAUAAUUUAAAUAUGACUGAUCAAACAGCAUUUUUUUGUGGCUAUAUUAAACAAUCGUAUUGA